AUGAAUUUUGAAUUGAUUUUAGUGGGAAGUUUUGCAUAGAGUUGGUGUUAAACUCACUCGUUUGACAGACAAAUGGAAGGUGCAUUAUCAUUAGAUAGUUGUAUGAUUCUGGAAAGGCUACAUGGUUUUGAAGGCUUGCAAGGACUGAUGCAGCUUCAUCACCACCAAGACCCACAUUUUUACCAACAUGGGUCAAUGAUUCAACAGCAAACUGGAAGUGUUUCCCUCUUAAAUGUACAGUCUAUGCAGGUGCAACCUAUUUCUGUCACUGACUGUGAUAUUGAUGAGAGAGGACAAAGAUUGGUGAGAGAUGAUUAUUUGAGGAAUUUUUCUGAAGCUGAUGUUAAUGAGCAUAAUGAAGUUGGUGAAGGGACAGAGAAACAGUGGCAGCGUAUAAAAUGGACUGAGCAAAUGGUGAAGCUUCUGAUUACCACUGUUUCGUACAUUGGGCAAUAUGCUUCUUCUGUUGUUGGCAGUGGAAGACAGGAGUCUUCGGUCUUGCAGAAGAUAGGAAAAUGGAGACUUGUCUCAAAUGUCAUGGUUGAGAGGGGUUAUAAUGUAUCUCCUCAGCAAUGUGAGGACAAGUUUAAUAACUUGAACAAAAGCUAUAAGAGACUCAAUGAGGUUUUUGGGCAAGGCUUCUCUUGCAAAGUCGUGGAAAACCCAAAGCUUUUAGAUGAGAUGAGCAUAUCUGAGAAGGAGAGGAAGGAUGUAAGGAAAAUAUUGUGCUCAAAACAACUGUUUUAUGAAGAGAUGUGCUCAUAUCACAAUGGCAAUCAACUAUAUCUUGCUCACGAUCCAGAUUUGCAGAGAUACUGGCAGUUGGCGCUUAGGAAGAAAGACAAAUUCGAGUCUCACCCAAGGUGUUCCAAGGCUAAUGAUUUUGAUGAACGAGUUGAAGAUGCUGGAGCUGAUGGUCGAGCUAAUGAAACUGAGGAUGUUGGUGGAAUUUCGGCGGUUCAAGAGGUCUCUGUAACAAGAGAUGUGGAAGCUGUUAAUCCCCUAAAUUUUGUAGGCGUUAAUGGACUUGAUAAACAAUAUCAAGAUAAUGAAACUUUUGAUAUUGAUGGCGUGCUCGGCGUUUCAGAGGCCUCUGGAAAAAGGUUGGAAAAGGUGAAUAGAGAUGUUUAUCCCUCGGAAUUUGUGGGAUUUAAAGGAACAUCUCAGGAUCAUCAACAACAAAGUCACACAGAUCUAAAUCAUAUCAGCCCGAAAGUAAACCACAUAGAUGAAUUGCUGAAGAGAUGGAUGGCAUUUCGAUCAUGUCGGAUAAGGGUGCAGAGGUUACAUGUAAAGGCUCAAUUGCUCAAGUUGGAGAAGCAGCGGUUUAAGUGGCAAAGGAUUUGGUGGAAGCAGGACAGGGAGAUGAAGAAGAUGAGACUGGAAAAUGAAACUCUGAAAAUCGAGAACGAGCGGAUGGAAAUGGAACUGGAAUUCAAGCGACUGCGUGCUGAUUACAGCUUAGGUAUUUCUAUAUAA